UUUGCACGGUUGAUUUGGUUUGCAGAGGACCCAGUAAAAAAACCUAAGAGUGUAGUUGACGUUGGGUGUGGAAUAGGUGGCAGUUCUCGGUACUUGGCCAGAAAGUAUGGAGCCAAAUGCCAAGGCAUCACUCUCAGUCCUGUGCAAGCCCAAAGAGCCAAUGAUCUUGCCGCUGCUAAAGGAUUGGCGGACAAGGUCUCCUUUCAAGUUGCAGAUGCUCUAGAGCAACCAUUUCCUGACGGACAAUUUGAUCUGGUCUGGUCCAUGGAGAGUGGUGAACACAUGCCAGACAAAACCAGGUUUGUUAAUGAGUUGGCUCGAGUUGCUGCCCCAGGGGGAACAAUAAUAAUAGUAACAUGGUGCCACAGGGAUCUUUCCCCUUCUGAAGAGUCUUUGCAGCCAUGGGAACAGAAGCUCUUGAGUAAAAUCUGUAAUGCUUAUUAUCUUCCAGCAUGGUGUUCUACUUCUGAUUAUGUGAAGUUACUCGAGUCCCUCUCCCUUCAGGACAUUAAGGCAGCAGACUGGUCUGAGUACGUUGCGCCAUUCUGGCCAGCAGUUAUUCGUUCAGCCCUAACAUGGAAGGGGUUCCCAUUGCUGCUGCGCAGUGGUUUUAAGACCAUUAAGGGAGCAUUAGCCAUGCCAUUGAUGAUUGAAGGGUACAAGAAGAAUUUAAUCAAGUUUGCUAUUAUUACAUGUCGGAAACCAGAGUAGGCUCAAGAAGUUCAGCAUGUGAAGUUACCGGUACUGAGCUUUUACGCAUGGAACAUUAUUUUGGGGUUCGGAACUCGGCAGAAAUCUUGAAUAGCAAGCAAUUCCCAGAAAUCUUGAAUGGCCUUUCCCAGUUCCAAUGUAUGAUGUUAUUUUCUGUUUUUGGUUUGGUUGGAUGAAAAUCAACAUCUCAUUAUUAUAUUUAUAUUAUGUAAUUUGAGUCAUCUUAUCACCUCUAUAUAUAGAAAUCUUUGAACAACAUUUGACAGGAAGAAAUAGCAGUUGUUCUUUUUUUAAA